AGUUAUGUGGCGCACGAACGAGCCAUGCGAGAGCUCACGUCGGGUGUCGGAAAACAUUUGUCCUCAAUCGCAAAGUAGACAGCGCCGGGAGGUAAAGGUAGUACACAUUUUGAGACCGGGCUAAUAGCCAAAUCAAGCAUUUUCCAGUGAGCCACGAUUAAAAAAAACAAACAAUCAACGUUGUUGAGUUCGUCAGCGCUCAUUUCAGUCGAAGUGCAUCCAGAGUGACUUUAAGAUGACGGCACAGGAGGUGAGGCUGUGUGCGCUGCUCCUGCAGGAGCACUUCGGGGAGGUAGUGGAGAAAGUCGGGACUCACCUGCUGCGUAGCGGAGCUCUGAACCUGCGCGCCCUCGCUCACGAAACCCGCACUUCCCUCGACCUGGUGAAGAAGUCUCUCUGUGUGCUGGUGCAGCAUGGCAUGUGCACGUUUGGACCGGGCCGCCGCGGUCCUGCUGGCCCGCUGGAGUACCGGGUGAGCUGCGAGCGCAUUCUCUACAUGCUCCGCUACCCGCGCUACAUCUACACGGCCAAGAGUCUGUACGGAGACACAGGCGAGCUGGUCAUGGAGGAGAUUCUGCAAAGGGGUCAGAUGACCAUGAGCAAUACAGUCAGGACAGUGGCAGACAGAUUGACCCAAAACAUGGAGGAUGGCCAGAGCACGGACUACAAUGACGUGGUCACUGCAUUCUCCCGUUUGGUUGAGACCCAUUUCCUGCAGCGCUGCCCCCCAGUGGACACAGCCACCUCAAAAAAGACAGUUUCAGAAGUUCCUGAAUCUCCUGCCUCUACUAUCACUCAGCCUUCUCAACCAGAGAACUAUCCAGACUGCUACAAACUACCCCAGAUCCACCUCACUGGUCGGGGGAAAAGGCGGCGUUCAGAUGAAGAUGGUGACGUGGGUGCAAGAGUUGCAAAGAAAGCCAAACUGGAGCACACAGAGGCGUGCGGGGAUGAAGGGAUCUACUGGCAGGUGAACGUGGAGCGCUUCCACCUACACUUCAGACACCAGGCCAUCAUCAGUGCCGUAGCCUCCAAACUGGACCAGACGAGCAGUGAGAUCGUGCGGACCAUGCUGCGGAUGAGUGAGGUGACGACCCCGGCUAACGCUGCAUACACGCAAGCCGUCUCAGCUAAUGAGAUCUUCCGAGCUGUCCCUCCAAGUUACAACAUCAGCAGACCAAUACUGGACCAGUAUCUCACCCUGCUGGUGGAUGAUCCGAUGGAGUUUGUGGGUAAGGCCGGCGACAGCGGAGGAGGAAUGUAUGUCGUCAACCUGCACCGUGCGCUGGCCAACCUCGCCAGAGCGACCCUGGAGUCUGUAGUCCAGGAGCGGUUCGGUUCCCGGUCGGCCCGGAUCUUCCGACUGUUGUUACGGAAACGGCACCUGGAGCAAAAGCAGGUGGAAGACUUUGCCAUGAUCCCAGCAAAGGAGGCCAAAGACAUGCUGUACACACUGCUGUCAGAAAAUCUGGUACAGCUACAGGAAAUCCCAAAGACCCCUGACCACGCCCCUUCCCGCACCUUCUACCUCUACACUGUUAACCAGUUGCCCACAGCCAGACUGCUACUGCAGAACUGCUACAAGGCAGUGGGUAACCUGAUCGAUAGGAGACUGUUCGAGACCAAAGAAAAUAAGCGUCACCUGGAGAAGUCUCAGCGAAUAGAGGCCAUCCUGGGGUCUCUGCAGGCCAGCGGGGCAGAGCCAGCUCAGCUGGCUGAGGUGGAGGAGAUGAUCACAGCGCCGGAGAGGCAGCAGCUAGAGGCACUCCGUCACCACAUCAACAAAUUGGAUUCAAGUGAGAACCAGGUUGAUGAAACUAUAUUCCUACUAGAAUCUUACAUUAAGUCCACUUCAUGCUCACGCUGACCCAUCAGUGCCUGGGUUAGUCAGUUACUUCAGGUAUUUUAAUUAUUUAGGCAGAGGAACAAAGAAGUGUAAAAAAUCUUCUACCGUGUUGCUUUGUAGCACUCAGAGAGACUGCAUUUGUUUAGUACAUAGUAAUGAUUUUAUUGUUCAUUUAAAACAAUGGAAUGGUCAGUGGGAUGGAAUAUGAAUAUGUAACAGUAAUAAAACUUGAUUUCAGGAA